CUCUGUCUGAGAAAGGUGGACUGGCUAACUGACCAUGGCGCUCACAGGUAGGGGCUUAGGCCGGCUUCAUUUGAUUCUGCUGAUGUUAUGGACUCUGUCGCGGUACUCAGCAUCCAGCCAGGUCCGCCAAGAGUUUCAGGUCCUGGAGGAGCAGCCUAUUGGCACCUAUGUGGGCACGAUAGGGACCAAACCCAGCUUCACGUACCGCUUCAGCGAAAAUCACAAACUUUUUGCAAUUAACGGCACCACGGGAGUCAUUUCCACCUCAUCUGUGAUCGAUAGAGAGGUUCUGCAAAGUGAUGUCAUCAAUGUUGUGGUGCUGUCCAGUCAUCCCACCUACCCUACUGAGGUCAGGAUAGUAGUUUUGGAUAUUAAUGAUAACUCGCCGGUGUUUCCAGACGCGUCAAUUGUCGUGUCGUUUAAGGAGGACGCCAGCAGCGGCAGGCAAGUAAUCCUGGACACUGCUACAGAUUCCGACAUAGGAAGCAACGGAGUUGAUCACACCACGUACAGAAUAGUGAAGGGCAACGAGCAGAGGAAAUUCCGCUUGGAUAUUACAGUCAACCCUAGUGGAGAGGGGGCAUUCUUGCACCUUGUUUCAACCGGAGGCUUGGACAGGGAAGUUACUCCCUUCUACCAGCUCCUGAUUGAAGUGGAGGACAAAGGAGAGCCCAAAAAGUUUGGCUACAUGCAAGUAAACGUCACCAUUCAAGACAUAAAUGACAACCCCCCUGUUUUUGAGCAGGACCAGUAUCAGACCAGCGUUUUUGAGGAUGCAGCUGUAGGUUCAAGUAUUCUGCAGAUUACAGCAUCAGAUCAGGAUGAGGGAGCCAAUGCUGAAAUCAGGUACUUUUUAGAUGAGGGGACACCUUUCCAAAUUGACCCCAAAGCAGGUACUAUUAUAAUAAAAGAGGGUUUGGAUUAUGAGAGCAAAAAAGAGUAUUCCCUCACUAUUCAUGCUGUAGACAAUGGGGUGCCGUCUCUGUCAGGCAGAACAGAAGCCACUAUCAAACUUUUAGAUGUGAAUGAUAAUGACCCCGUAGUAAAGUUCAGAUAUUUUCCCACUACUUCUAAAUUUGCCUCUGUAGAUGAAAACGCACAGAUCGGCACAGUUGUGGCUUUGCUCACCGUUUCUGAUGCCGACUCGCCAACAGCUAAUGGUAACAUAUCGGUUUCAAUCUUAGGAGGCAACGAGCAGAGGCACUUUGAAGUGCACACGUCUCCUGUGCCCAAUUUAAGUCUGAUCAAAGUGGCCAGUGUGUUAGACAGAGAGAGAAUUUCCUCAUACAACUUGACUGUGUCUGUGUCAGACAAUGGCAGGCCUAUGGCCAGGUCUUCUUUUGCCAGUCUGGUUAUUUUUGUGAAUGAUAUCAAUGAUCACCCUCCCAUAUUUCAGGAAACUGUGUACAGAGUAGAUAUCAGUGAAGAUAUACCAAAAGGCAGCUACAUUAAAGGGGUUUCUGCAACAGAUGGCGACUCUGGGCAGAACGCCAACCUGCGCUACUCCCUGGUGUCUGGAAACGCUUUGGGCUGGUUCUCCAUCAGUGAAAACAGUGGUCUGGUUACCAGCGCCGCUUUGCUGGAUAGAGAAAUAGCAUCUGAAAUUGUGCUCAACAUUAGUGCCAAAGACCAGGGGCUGCAGCCCAAGAUUUCUUACACUAAACUGAUAGUCAACAUCACAGAUGUGAAUGACCAAGUGCCUACAUUUACACAGAGCACAUAUCACGUUUCCCUGGUGGAGCACGCUCCGGCCGGCACUGAGCUGGUGGUGCUGUCUGCCUCAGAUGACGACCUUGGGGCCAAUGGAACUAUCCGGUUUUCAUUUGAUGCAGAGACUCCAGCCAGCGUCCAGGAGCUGUUUCGCCUGGAUGCCGUGUCAGGGCGAUUAAGCACAGCCGUGGAGCUUGACAGGGAGGAUCAGGCCUCCUACUUACUCCACAUCCAGGCAGCAGAUGCAGGCAGCCCUCCUUUGCACUCUGUAGGAAAAGUCAACAUCACCCUUUGGGAUAUCAAUGACAAUAGGCCAGUUUUCUACCCUGUGCAGUAUUUUGCAAAUGUGAAGGAGAACGAGCCCUCGGGUUCUUAUGUAACCACGGUUGCAGCCACAGACCCAGAUUUGGGCAGGAACGGCACAGUCAAAUACAUAAUUACAGCUGGAGACGCUUCCAAAUUCCGCAUUAAUAGCAAUACAGGCAAAAUUACCACACUGGUGUCCCUGGAUAGAGAGGAGAAAACUGCUUACCAGUUGCAGGUGACAGCAGCAGAUGGUAGUGGUCUGCGCUCACACACACCGGCCAUUGUGACUGUAACUGUUAUAGACACACAGGAUAAUCCGCCGGUCUUCAGCCAGAAAGUGUACAGCUUUGUCAUGUUUGAAAACGUGGGUGUUGGGACAGUUAUCGGGACAGUAUCUGCAACCACGGUUGAUUUAAACACAAACAUCUCAUAUCUGAUCACCUCAGGGGACCAGAGAGGGCUUUUCACUGUUAACGGUGCAGGCCAGAUCACAGCAUCAAGCCAGAUAGACAGAGAGGAGCAGGGAUUUUACCAACUGAAAGUUGUAGCCAGAGCUGGUGAGAUCACAGGAGAAGCCUUUGUUAACAUAACUGUGAAGGACUUAAACGAUAAUGCUCCUCAUUUUAUUCACACUGUGGAGCAUGUGAGCGCAGUGGAAAACUGGAGCACAGGUCAUGUAAUAUUCCAGGCCAAAGCUUCAGAUCCUGAUGAAGGUGCAAAUGGCAUGGUGGUCUACAGCCUCAAACAAAACCCCAAAGGCCUGUUUCACAUUCACGAGAAGCAUGGCCUCAUCACGCUGACCGGGCCGCUGGAGGUCACGACGAGUUCCUAUGAGAUUGAAGUCACCGCAUCAGACAUGGGAGUCCCUCAGCACACCUCCAGCCUCAUCCUCAUCGUCAGCGUUUAUGACGUCAACGACAACUCACCUGUGUUUGACCAGCUCUCGUACGAGGUCAUCAUCCUGGAGUCCGAGCCUGUCAACAGCCGUUUUUUUAAAGUGGAGGCCACCGACAAAGAUUCUGGUCUCAAUGGCGAGAUUAUGUAUGACAUCGCUGGUGGGAACACAGGCGAUGUGUUUGGUAUUUUUCCGGAUGGGCAGUUGUACAUCAAAGCAGAGCUGGACAGAGAGAUACAGGACAGAUAUAACUUGGUGGUUACAGCCAAAGACAGGGCCGUGGAGCCGCUGAGUGCCACCGUCAAUGUAACAGUGAUUCUAGAUGACGUAAAUGAUAAUCGUCCUCUCUUUAACAGCACCAAUUAUGUGUUUCAUUUUGAGGAGGAACAGAAGAGAGGGUCGCUCGUCGGGCAGGUUUUUGCUGAGGAUAAGGACUUUGGCCCAAACAGUGAGGUCAGAUACACAUUUGAGACACCACAGCCCAACUUUGAGCUGAAUGCCAUCACAGGGGAGUUGACCAGCACUUUGCAGCUGGACCGCGAGUCACUCAUGAGACAAAGAGGCGCCGCUGUGUUCAGUUUUGUGGUCGUCUCGUCAGACCAGGGUCUCCCCAAACCCCUUAGGGACCAGGCCAAAGUGCAAGUUUACAUACAAGACAUCAACGACAACCCGCCUAAAUUCACCAAAGACAUUUACCAGGCCUCCAUCUCUGAGUCAGCUCAAAACAUGACACAGCUGCUGCGGGUCUCUGCCUCAGAUGUGGAUGAGAACAAAAACGGGCUGGUUCGUUAUCACAUCGCUGAAGGCAACGAGGAAGGCCAGUUCACGAUCGAUAGCAGCUCCGGACAGGUGACUCUGGUUGGAAAGCUUGACUAUGAAUCUACAUCCUCCUAUUCACUAAAAAUCAUAGCUGUUGAUGCUGGAGUUGUGCCCCUGUCUUCCUCUUGUAUGCUCAGCAUUAGCAUCUUGGAUGAAAAUGACAACUCCCCGUUUUUCCCUAAAUCCUCGCUGUCUGUUGACGUCCUGGAGAACAUGAGGAUAGGGGAACUGGUGGCCUCCGUGACCGCCACUGAUGCAGAUUCAGGUCAGAACGCAGAUAUCACGUACAGCAUCACAGCCACAAACAACCACGGCACCUUCAGCAUCAGCCCCAACACAGGCAGCAUCUUUCUGGUUAAAAAGCUGGACUUUGAAACCCAGUCAUUUUACAGACUCAACAUCACUGCAAAGGACAGUGGGCGACCACCCCGCUCCUCAUCCAUUCCCGUGGUUAUUCAUGUCAGGGACUUUAAUGACAACCCUCCUGUAUUUACACCUGGAGACAUUUUCAAAUCCAUUCCUGAAAACCUUCCUGUCUCUGCCUCAGUUAUGACCAUUGCAGCUCAUGACACGGAUGCAGACAUAAACGGGCAGCUGGAGUACUCUAUUGUUCAGCAGAUUCCUCGAGGAAACCACUUCAGCAUUGACUCGAGCACUGGGCUCAUAUACACCAGCAAGGAAAUCGACCGGGAGUUCUCCAGUCUGUUUGAGUUGACAAUCAAAGCCACUGAUCAGGCAGUUCCGGUUGAAUUCCGUCGAUAUGCCCUGAAAAAUGUAACAAUAUGGGUCACGGACCUCAACGAUAACGUUCCUGCUUUUAUGUCCCAGAAUGCGCUCGUGGCUGAGCCUAACAUAGUCAUUGGCUCCAUCUUGACCACAGUGGUGGCCUUUGACCCGGAUGAUGGUGCAAACGGGGAGGUGGAGUACGAGCUUGUGGAAGGGGACUCGGACACUUUCAUCAUGGACAGGUACAGCGGGGAUAUCCGCCUGGCGUCCCAGCUCGUUCCAUCCCGACUCAUGUACACCCUCACGGUGUCGGCCACGGACCACGGCACUGACCGCAAGACCUCUAGAACUGAGCUGACCAUCAUCCUUCAAGGAGUGGAUGGACCUGUUUUUUCCCAGCCCAAAUACAUCACCAUCCUUAAAGAGGGCCAGCCGCCGGGCACCAACGUCAUCUCCCUGGAUGCCUCGAGUCCAAGAGGCUCUGCAACCAAAGUGGAGUAUUUCAUUGUGGCGGUGCGCAGCGGUGGAAAAGCUGUGGGUCGCCUUUUCACCAUUGGCCGACACACAGGAGUGAUACAGACGGCUGCGGAGCUGGAUCGAGAACAGGGGUCUGACCUCUACCUGGUGGAUGUGUACGCCAUUGAGACAGACGCCAGCCAGCCCAGAACACAGCGUGCUGAGGUGGAGAUCACACUGCAGGACGUCAAUGACAACCCACCUGUUUUCCCUAAUGACAUUCUUGAUGUGGUCAUCGAGGAGAACGUCGGAGACGGCUUCAAGAUAAUGCAGCUAACAGCCACGGAUGCAGACGAGGGUCCCAAUGCUCUCGUGACCUACACUAUCAUCAGCGGGGCAGAUGACAGUUUCCGCAUCGACCCUGAAUCCGGGGAUCUCAUCGCCACCAAGAAACUAGACCGGGAGCGGCGUUCAAAAUAUUCCCUCUUGGUGCGCGCAGACGAUGGAAAGCAGUCAUCUGACAUGACGCUGAACAUUACCGUCAAGGACGUCAACGACCACACGCCAAAGUUCUCCCGUGCAACGUACUCGUUUGAUAUCCCUGAAGACAUGGUGCCAGGCUCCAUCGUGGCGGCGAUCCUGGCCAGCGACUCUGACUCAGGGGUGAACGGCGAGGUCACCUACUCGCUGGAGGACGACGACGAGGACGAGACGUUCCUCCUUAACCCAGUGACGGGAUUUUUCAACGUGACGCGUCCGCUAGACUACGAGACUCAGCAGUACUACAUUCUGACGGCGAAGGCCCGGGAUGGUGGGGGGCAGGCCGGCACAGUCAGAGUGUACUUCAACGUCUUGGAUGUAAACGACAACCCGCCUAUUUUUAACACCACGGCGUACAGCACGUCUGUCUCUGAGAGUCUGCCGCCUGGAUCCAGUAUUAUCACCGUGGGGGCCACUGAUGCUGAUGAUGGCCCGAAUGCACAGCUCCUCUACAAGAUUACAUCUGGGGAUCCCCAGGGCCACUUUGUCAUCACCAAAGAAGGGGUCCUCCAAACUAAGAAGUCUUUGGACCGGGAAACCCAGUCGUUUUAUAACCUGGCAGUCACAGUUAAUGACCUGGCCCCGCCUCCCAUGACCCGCUUCACCAGCACUGCCCAAGUGUCGGUCAUUCUUCUGGAUGUCAACGACUGCCCGCCGACCUUCACUUCUCAGAAGAUGACUUACAUCCAGGAGAACACGCCAGUGGACACGGUUGUGUUCACGGCCCAAGCCACAGAUGCUGACAGUGGGCCCAACAGCUACGUGGAGUACUCCCUCAAAGGACUGUUUGGUAACAAGUUCAGCAUUGGUACAAUAGAUGGAGACGUCAGGUUGGUUGGGGAACUUGACAGAGAGGAGCUUUCCAACUACACACUCACAGUCGUAGCUACAGAUAAGGGCGAACCGCCUCUCUCUUCAACCAUGGACGUGACUAUGUUGGUUCUGGACGUCAACGACAACACACCAAGCUUCUCGCAGAAUAUCUACGACAUCGAGAUCGAGGAGAACACCUUGACGGGAACCGAUGUCAUCCAGGUGUUUGCUAGCGAUGCUGAUGACGGCACCAACGGGCAGAUCCGUUUUUCUAUCUCCGGGGGAAACACCAACUCUGAUUUCAGGAUCGAUUCUGUCACAGGGGUGAUCUCAGUAGCCAAACAGCUGGACCGAGAGGCACGUUCGUCGUAUUCGUUGGUGGUCCAAGCUGCAGACCGCGGCAGCAGCCCCAGAGUGGACCGAGCGACAAUCAACAUUGUUUUACUGGACGUUAAUGACUGCUCACCUGUUUUUGAGCUCUCUCCUUACACUGUCAACGUUCAGGAGAACCUCGAGAACCUACCGAAAAACAUUCUGCAGGUUGUUGCCAGGGACGAUGACCAAGGUGCUAACGGUCAGCUAAGCUACAUGCUCAGCGGCGGGAAUGACGAAGGCGCGUUCACACUGUCCUCCAGCGGUCAGCUGAGCCUGACCGAGACACUUGACCGGGAGGUGCAAGAGAAAUACAUCCUGCUGGUCACAGCCACCGACUCAGGUACUCCAUCGCUGAGCGGGACAGGGACGGUCACCAUUCUGGUGGAUGAUGUUAAUGAUAACGUCCCCAUUUUCACCUCCUCCACCUUCCACACCACCAUCAUGGAGGACGCCCCGACGGGGACAGAUGUGCUUUUGGUCAACAGCUCCGACGCAGACGUGGGAGUGAAUGGUGUUAUAAGCUACAGCCUGACCGGAGGGCACGGCCAGUUCUCCAUCAACCCGGCUACAGGACAGAUUAUCACCAGCUCCCUGCUGGACCGAGAAGACAGGGCCAAUUACCAGCUGCUGGUUGUGGCAACAGAUGGAGGGCAGCCCGAGGGCUUGUCCAGCUCUGCUACUGUGUCCGUGACAGUGGCCGACAUUAAUGACAACCCUCCACGUUUCCACCACCACCCCUAUGUCACCCACAUCCCCGCCUCUACUGCGGCAGGGUCCUUGGUCUUUGCUGUUACCGUCACCGAUGAAGACUCCGGUUCAAACGCCCAGCUGCACUACUCCCUGAUGGGGCGCAACGCUGAGAAAUUUAAGAUCGACCCAGUCAGAGGUGCCAUCACCGCCAACGAGAGGCUAACUGGAAACUCAGAAGUUACACUUACAGUUCGAGUAAAAGACGGCGGAGCUAAUCCCAAAACGGAUACGACCACCGUGACCGUCCGCUUUGUUACCGGAGGAAACUUCCCCGUCAUUAAGCUGAAGGAGCGCGCGUUCACCUUCCCUGAAAACCAGCCGAGCAGCCACAUCGUUACAACUGUGACCGGGUCAUCUCUGAGGGGCGGGCCGCUGUCCUAUUACAUCGCCAGUGGGAACCUGGAUAAUGCUUUUCAUAUAGACCAGCUGUCCGGCGAGUUGUCUAUCAGGCAUCCACUGGAUUAUGAACACAUACAGAAGUAUGUUCUCUGGAUUGAGGCCAGAGAUCAGGGCUUCCCACCUUACUCCUCUUAUGAGAAAGUGGAAAUAACUGUGCUGGACGUGAAUGACAAUCACCCAGUUUUUGAUAAGGAUCCCUUCCAUGCUGAGAAAUUGGAGAACCUUUCACCCCAGCAAGUGCUCAUGGUCUCUGCUGUAGAUCUGGACAGUGGGCCAAAUGGACAGCUGGAAUACGCCAUCAUUGAGGGCAACAAAGAGAACAGUUUCAGCAUUAAUCGGGCCACCGGUGAAAUACGAACCACCAGGCCACUGGACCGGGAGAAGGUGGCCGUGUACGCUUUGAAAGUCAAAGCCACUGACCGGGGUUUGCCUCCAAAAAACACAGCGGUCAGAGUGCUAAUCAACGUCCUGGAUGUGAACGAUAACGCCCCCAGGUUCUCCAAGAUCUUCAGUGCCACAGUGGCUGAAAACGCCCCUGUGGGUUACACCGUCACCAGAGUCACCACCACAGACGAGGACGCUGGUUCAAAUGCCAUUAGCCGAUAUUCGAUUACAGAUACCAGCCUUCCAUUCAAUAUUAAUCCAAACACAGGUGACAUAAUGAUUAGCAGGCCGCUCAAUAGAGAAGACACCGAUCACUACAUCGUCAAAGUGUCCGCCCAUGACUCUGGCUGGGCAGUAAGCACAGAUGUCACCAUAUUCAUAACAGAUAUUAAUGAUAACGCCCCCAGAUUUAGCCGUCCCUCUUAUUAUCUGGACUAUCCUGAGCUCACGGAGGUAGGCUCCCUCGUCACACAGGUGUCUGCCACCGAUCCCGACGAGGGUUUCAAUGGCAAAAUUUUCUAUUUCAUUCGAUCCCAGUCAGAGUAUUUCAGAAUUAACGCCAGCACUGGAGAGAUAUUUGUAAAGCAGCAGCUAAAGUAUCAGAACUCAACAGGUGCUAGCAGCAUAAAUAUAAACCGCCACAGCUUCAUUGUGACAGCCUCAGACCGAGCACUCAAGCCUUUGAUGAGUGAGACAACAGUUAUUGUUAACAUUGUAGACAGUAAUGAUAAUCCUCCUGAGUUUGAUGCCCCCAGCUACUUUACACCUGUCACUAAAAGUGUAAAAGUUGGCACCCGCCUGCUUAGGGUUGUAGCUCAGGACAAAAAAGACUUUGGCCUUAAUUCCGAGGUGGAGUACUUGAUGACAGGUGGAAAUAGCUCUAGUAAAUUCAAGCUAGAUAAAACAAGUGGGUGGAUUACUGUUGCCUCCUCCCUUACAACUGAUAUGAAUAAAGUUUUCCUCAUUGAAAUCACUGCAAGUGACAAAGGAAAUCCUCCUCUGUCUGCACAAACGUCAGUGAGAAUAGCCGUCACAGAGGAAAACCACCACACACCUGAGUUCUCACAAAGCCAAAUCUCAGCCACGGUACCUGAAAGCCUUGCUGUGGGAACAGCAAUAAGGACCCUGUCUGCCAGAGACAAAGACAAAGACAUGAACGGCCUUAUCACGUACAAUAUUACUUCAGGCAACGACAAGGGUCUGUUUGCACUUAACAGUAAAACUGGAGUGUUAUCCUUAGCUCAGCCUCUGGACUUUGAAGAAAAGCAACAGCACGAGCUGAGGGUUUCAGCCACUGACGGUGGCUGGAUUGCAAAAACAAGCUACGUUUCCGUGACAGUACACGUGACUGACGUGAACGACAAUCCUCCUGUGUUUGACCCUGAGGAGUACUUCCCCGUCGUGCAGGAGAACGUUCCCAGUGGCACCACUGUGGUCAAAAUGAACGCCACAGACAUGGAUUCGGGACCUAAUGCAGUCAUGGCAUAUGUGAUUCAGUCAUCAGACAGCGACCUCUUUGUUAUUGACCCAAACACGGGCACCAUCACCACCCAGGGCUUCUUGGAUUAUGAGGCUAAACAGGUCUACCAUUUAACAGUGAAGGCCUUCAAUGUCCCAGACGAGGAGCGCUGCAGCUUCGCCAAUGUCAACAUUCAGCUAAAAGGAGCCAACGAAUACGUGCCGCGCUUUGUCUCCAAACAGUACUACUUUGAAAUCUCAGAAGCUGCUCCAAAAGGAACAGUGGUAGGGGAAGUAUUUGCCAGCGAUCGAGACCAAGGAGAAGACGGAGUGGUUUACUACCUCAUUUUUGGUAGGAGCAGAAAGAAGGGCUUUGGCAUCAACAAGAGGACAGGCCAGAUUUAUGUCACAGGUACUCUGGAUCGUGAGAAAGAAGAGAAGGUUUCACUGAAGGUGUUAGCCAAGAAUGCAGGAAGCAUCCGUGGGGCGGAUAUUGAUGAGGUGUUUGUUAAUAUCACUAUUCUUGAUGCCAACGAUCCACCUGUUUUCACUAACGAACUUUAUGAUGUCCAGGUCAGCGAGGGUCUAUCACCUGGUGGUCUGGUGACUUUUGUGAGUGCCGAGGACUCGGACUCUGUCCCAAGCUGGAGCAGAUUUUCCUAUUCCAUUGCUCCUGAGUCUGACAAAAAUAUUUUUACUAUCAACCCCAAAACUGGCCAAGUGUCUGUGGCUGCAGAGCUAGACAGAGAAACAACUCCUGUGUAUAAUCUGACUGUUCUCGCUGUGGAUACUGGCACACCUCCUGCCACCGGAAGCACCACGGUGAUUGUGAAUCUUGAAGAUAUCAAUGAUAACGGCCCGACGUUGACAACCGCCUAUGCUGAGGUAAUGGAGAACCAGAGAGCUGGCACUGCAGUCGCAACACUGACAGCAUCUGACCCAGACUUAGCACCCAACCAAGGCCCUUUCCUAUACAGCCUCCUCAGUUCUGGCUCUGCCAAGAGCUACUUCAGCCUUAGUCCAGCUGGAGUCUUAACCACAAGUCGGGAGAUUGACAGAGAGCAGAUUAGUGACUUCUACCUCUCUGUUGUGAUUAAGGACUCUGGCGUGCCUCAAAUGUCCUCCACGGGAACAGUUCACGUAAAAAUAAAUGAUCAGAAUGACAACCCUUCAGAGCCCAGGUCCAUGGAAAUCUUUGUCCACUACUUUGGAAACAUGUUUCCUGGAGGUUCUCUGGGAGAUGUCAGACCCCAAGACCCUGACAUUCAGGACAGGUUUCACUGCUCCCUCAUACCUCCAUCUUCCGGUCUGUUUGGCAUCCCGACCGGAACGUGCAACCUCAACUCUAAAGCCCGCUCAACCGACGGAUCGUUUGACCUAACCAUCCGCAGCAGUGAUGGUGUCCAUGGUUCAGUCAGUAAUACGGCCAAAGUCCUCUUCAUGGGCUUCAACAAUGCUACAGUGGAUAACAGCAUACUCAUCCGGCUCCGCUCUGAUGGAGUCAAAAACUUCCUCACCAACCACUACCUCAGCUUCCUACGCAUUGCCAACUCUCAGCUAGCAGGACUAGGCACAGAGGUUCUGCUUUAUGGAGCGUUUGAGCUCAACAAUCAGACUUUCCUGACAGCAGCUGUGAAACGAGGCCACGGACAAUAUGUCAACCCCAGUGGCGUGGCCACAUUCUUCCAGAGUAUCAAAGACAUUUUAUAUAGACAGAGCGGCGUGCAAAUAGAUGCGGUGGACCAUGAUCCUUGCACACGUAACCCGUGCCAGAAUGGAGGCAGCUGCAAGAGGCGUCUCAGUGUCGGGCCUGAUAUGAAGACAGAAGAAAGCGUCCCAGUGAUCAUUGUGUCCAACCACCCCCUGCAGCCCUACGCCUGCAGCUGCAGGCCAGGAUACACAGGAGCUCUGUGUGAGACAGACAUCGAUGAGUGCCAGCCAUCACCCUGCCACAAUGGCGGCACCUGCCAUAAUCUGGUGGGGGAUUUCUCCUGCACCUGUCCAGAGGGUUUCACCGGCAAGGCCUGCGAGAGGGACAUCAAUGAAUGCCUUUCCAAUCCCUGCAAGAAUGGGGCGCUGUGCCAGAAUUUCCCCGGCGGCUUCAACUGUCUCUGUAAAUCCGGCUUUGCAGGCAAAACGUGUGAUUCCAUCAUCAAUCACUGUGAGUGUAACCCAUGUUUUAAUGGCGGGUCCUGUCAGAAUCGGGUGGAUGGAUAUUACUGUCAUUGUCCAUUUGGGGUUUUCGGCAAGCACUGCGAACUGAACAGCUAUGGCUUUGAGGAGCUCUCCUACAUGGAGUUUCCGUCCCUGGAUCCCAACAAUAACUACAUAUAUAUCAAGUUUGCUACCCUGAAGAGCAACGCGCUACUUUUGUACAACCACGAUAACCAGACCGGAGACAAGGCGGAGUUCCUGGCUUUGGAGAUCUUCGAGGGACAGAUGCGCUUCUCUUUUAACUUGGGAAGUGGAACUUAUAAAUUGAUGACCAUGAUAAAAGUUUCGGACGGGCAGUUCCACACAGUCAUUGCCAGGAGAGCCGGGAUGGCUGCAUCCCUGACCGUGGACCUGUGUGGUGAUGACCAGGAACCAGGCUACUGUGCUGUGAGCAACGUGGCAGUGCACACUGACUGGAUCCUCGAUGUGCAGCCCAACAGGCUCUCGGUGGGGGGCGUCAGGUCAAUAGAACCCGUCCUUCAUCGGCGCGGUCAGGUCGCCACCCACGACUUUGUCGGCUGCAUCAUGGAGUUUGCCGUCAACGGCCGCCCACUGGAGCCCAGUCAGGCGCUGGCAUCGCACGGCAUCCUUGACAGAUGUCCUAGACUGGAAGGAGCCUGCAGCACCAGCCCCUGCAGACACGGGGGCACCUGCGUGGACCGCUGGUCCUGGCAGCAGUGCCAGUGCGUGGACGGCUUCACUGGCAAAUUCUGUGAGAAAUACAUGACGGCCGACACCGCUCUGUCUCUGGAUGGCACCGGCCGCCUGGACUACACCCUGAAGCAGGGCCCGAAACGGGACGUCCUGCUGAGACGCUCUCUGCAGGGAGCGACCUCUGACCCCGUCGGUCCCAGCAAGUUGGAGGUCAAGUUCAGGACACGCAGCAAGACCGGUACUCUGAUGCACGUGCAGGAGAGCAGCAACUACACUACUGUUAAGCUGAGGAACGGCAACAUCCACUACGUAUCAGAUGCCGGCGUCGCGGGGAAGGUGGAGCGGACCGUGGGGGAUGCGGUGGUGUCAGACGGCCAGUGGCACACGCUUCAGCUGCUCAAGAAUGGCUCGGUCACUGUGCUCCAGGUGGACGGCGGCCACCCCAGGGUCAUCCAACACCCCACACAGGACUUCGGGGGUCUCGGCGUUUUGACUUUUUCCCUCGGUGGGAUUGCACCCGGGCCAGCUCAGCAGAAAACCGGAGCAGGUUUUGACGGCUGCUUGGCCUACGUGAAGUACAAUGGAGAGAACCUGCCGUUUAUGGGGGAGCACAGCCUGGUCGCUUUAACUAAAACCAGCUCAUCUGUCAAAAUCGGCUGCAGAGGUCCCAACCUAUGUGAAAGCAACCCCUGCUGGGACGGCCUCAUGUGCGUCAACCAGUGGUACACGUACCAGUGCGUCCCGCCCGGCGACUGUGCUUCUAAUCCCUGCCAGAACCAAGGCAGCUGCGUGCCGGACCCCCACUCUGGUUUCACUUGUGUAUGCUCUGAGCUCUACACGGGAAGGACUUGCGAGACCCUGGUGGCCUGUCUGGGUGUCGAGUGCCCUCAGGGUACUGUGUGCAACACGGCUAAUAAUGGAGGAUUUGUCUGCAGCCCCAGCCCCACUCCAGAGACGAUGGUCCUCCCCAUCUGGGCGGUGCCAGCUAUUGUCGGCAGCUGUGCCACCGUCCUCGCCUUGGUGGUGCUCAGCCUGAUCCUGUGCAACCACUGCAAGGACCGCAACAAGACCAAAGUGCCAAAGGAACCCAAGGAGAAGAAACCCAAGGAGAAGAAGAAGAAGAAAAAGAAGAAGGGUAGUGAGAAUGUAGCGUUCGACGAUCCGGAUAACAUCCCACCAUAUGGAGAUGACAUGACGGUACGGAAACAACCAGAAGGGAACCCCAAACCGGACAUCAUUGAGAGGGAGAACCCUUACCUGAUCUACGAUGAAACAGACAUUCCUCACAAUACCGAGACAGUCCCCAGUGCUCCCUGUGCCCCCUGCAAUGCCCCAGAGGCAGACAUUGAACAUUAUGAUAUAGACAAUGCCAGCAGCAUCGCCCCCUCGGAUGCUGACAUCAUCCAACACUACAAGCAGUUUCGCAGCCACACGCCUAAGUUUUCCAUCCAGAGACACAGCCCGCUGGGCUUCGCCAGGCAGUCUCCGUUACCCCUCGGAGCAACAAGCUACACCUACCAGCCUCAGUACACCCAAGCGCUGAGAUCCACCCCCCUCAGCCACUCCCACUCAGCCUGCCCCACCCCAAACCCUCUCUCCAGACACUCUCCAGCACCGUUCACAAAGCCCUCCUCCUUUUACCGAAACACUCCCACCAGAGAACUCAACCUGGCUCGUCGUGAGGGCAGCCCGCUGGAUCUGCACAAUGACAUGUGCCAACCGCCACCCAUGUUUAACUACGCCACCCGGCUGGGGAGGCGCAGCAAGAGUCCACAGACCAUGGCCGGCCACACCUCAAGGCCCGGCAGUCGGCUGAAGCAGCCGAUCGAGCAGAUCCCACUGGAGACGGGGCCUCCCGUGGGGCUGUCCAUUGAGGAAGUGGAGCGGCUUAACACUCCGCGUCCACGCAACCCCAGCAUCUGCAGCGCUGACCACGGGCGCUCCAGUUCAGAGGAGGACUGCCGCAGGCCGCUGUCAAGGGUGCGCAACCCCGCUGAUGGCAUCCCUGCCCCGGAGUCCUCUUCAGAAAGUGACUCACACGACUCCUUCACCUGCUCAGAGAUGGAGUAUGACCGGGAGAAGCCUGUGUCCUACAGCUCCCGGGUCCCCAAGCUCUCGCAAGUUAACGAGUCGGACGCUGACGACGAGGACUACGGCGGGAGGCUCAAGCAGAGGCGGUACUCAAGUCGGAGGGCAGAAGGAGGGCCUGGCGUUGCCCAGAUGCCCCCUACUGAUCAGCACUACACCCUACCCCACAAACUGGGGCAGCAAGCCGGAGGCUUCAACUGGGACAAUCUGUUGAACUGGGGCCCUGGCUUUGGACAUUACGUAGAUGUGUUCAAGGACUUAGCCUUGCUUCCCGAGAACGCAGCAGCAAAAGACAUUGAAAUGAACAGUGGAGAUGGCUCAGUGACCAUCCUAAACGAAGGAGAAGCUGAGCAAUAUGUAUGAGACUAUUUAUUACAAUGUUGUACAAUAUGGUGUCGUUCUCCAAUUUAAAAAAAAAAAAAGAAGACUGUACAUUUCGAGAGAACAAUGGACUUUGUGUUUUUUUACAUAACUCAAAGUAAUAAGACGACUUUUAAUGCAGUAAGGCAGAAAAAUGUCACCUGUAAAACAACAGAUUUUGUCGAAUCUGAGCCACCUUGGAAUAGUUUACCAGUCUUCUCUGCAUUCGUCUCUCUGAGGACUCAUUACAGCAUAUCCACUGACUAAAGAAAGAAGUCCAUGUCUGAAUUCAAUUUGGUGACUGCAAAGCUCCAUUCACAUUAUCUUGAUUAAACAUUUCUGUUCUUUAUUACCAACACUGCUUCUCCUUUCCAGAACCUUCUGUCACAUUCUCAGUGGAGAGAUAAGAGGGUAGAUCAUUUAAAAACUCACAGGAAGAGAAUUCCACAGAGCCAGAGAAAUCUCCCAGUUUCAGCCUUUUUAGGCUCAUUUUUCUAAUUUACUUAAAAGGAAGCAUGUGUGUUUGAUCUAAGUGCACCUGUAGGUGACAUAAAAGUAUGAACACUGCUUUGCUCGCACGGUAUUGUUAUGCAGACCCCGCCAGCGUUACGAUCCCUCUCCGUCCGUCUGUCCAUCCGUCCGUCCCUCUGCUGUGGGUUUUCUUACAGACUGGCUAAAUGCUCCAAGAGUGAGAUUUAAUCGAGCCCCCCCCCCCCCCCCCCCCCCCCCCC